AUGAAUGCCAUGGAGGUCAUGGACCCAGUUAUGGACGCUGGGAUGGCGUACCCGCAAGAGAUGAUUCCUGAAAAGGAGCGUAUUGAGCCACUUCCUACAGAUGCAGCCGGUGCAUCGCACUUCGCAGAGCUUACGUGGCGCGAUGUAUGCUGGGUCAUGGACCGUCUCUUGGCCUGUGAACUUGAGUGGUUGCGUGGCACAAGUCUCGUGCAGACGGUGUAUACAUGUACGUUUUUUCACAAACACGUAUUGGCGGGCACUUCAGCUUAUGUUCACUGGAGCCACUCCGUUUUGUCUGCGUACGUGUUAGCCGUCGUCAAGACCUGCGCACUUCAGUGGUACGAGCUAGCCCGGCACCACGUGCUGGACCAGGAGGACUACUGCAGCGAGACAGGCGGAACCCCUUUUCCUGAUGCGGUCGAACCUCGCACCAUCGCAGCUCAGCUCAGUGAGGCUGAUGAAUGCGUGCGACGUGUGUACUCGCAUGUCGGGGAGCCAACGGCUGCCGAGUGCAUUAGUCUUCGUCUCCUCUUUCGCCAGCACUGGCUCUUGUGUGUGGAAUCAUUGACGUCGGAUGAACCGAGCGGUCUCGAUGCCAGCAUGCACUUGGAUGAGUGCUUACGAAUAUGGCAUGCGAUUGCGCAAUCCCAGUGCCCGAUUUUAGACACCGCUAUGCGGACUGCACCGCGCCACCUGCAUUCAUACUUUGAUGUGACGCUCAGCCGUGCCUUGUCUUCCCAUUUUCCUCUAAGGCCUGUGGCAUUGCCAGAUGUCGCGCACGUGUGUGCAGGUUGGCACAAUCUCAUGACCAAGCACAUGUCGAUUCCCCUGCGUCUUCUUGCAUCGGAUGACGUGCUAGCAUGGCAGUCGCUGCUUGUGUGUAUGAGUUUGUCCUUUCAGCAGGACCACGGCGCGCCUGAGCCAUUGAUUCGCUCGCUUAUACCUACCCUUCUAGCGAAUGGAUCGACGGCUAUGGGGGGUACACGCGACCUCGAACACCUCGCUGCGUGUCUCAUUGAGGCAUGGCAUCCUAUCUCUGUCCAGGAUCUCCAGGUUCGUCUUGAAUGGCAUCAGGCACCCUCAUCAUCGUCGUCGCUGUCGAGCGUCGGUGCUUCUGCAGGGUUGGGCACAGUGUCGUCGAUGCUGGGCAGCUUCCUUGGGCGCCUCGCUUCUUGCGUGGCCCAAUCUCUUGCGAUAUUUGUACAGAACCGUUCACGUCAGAAACGGUCAUUUGGCAAAGCAUACACAGUGUGGAUGAGUCUACUUGAUAGUGCCACAUCGCUGAACCCACGUGUGUGUGCUGUGCUUCCCGCCGUUCCUCCUGACGCACUGGUUGCACCUGUCCAGUACAUGCUCCUCGUACACAUGGAACAAGUGAUCGGGAGUGGCUUUGAUCUCGAACUAUAUGAUGUGAGGGAACGAGCCUGCAUGUACUGGGUCCUGGCACAUCUAUUUGAGGAGGCUUCUGCGCUCGGGGCGGUUCACAACGAGUGGAAAGGCAGUGCCAGCCCCGGCAGCACAUGGCAGUGCUACGCACACUCAGCCCGAGCACAGCGGGACUUGUGCUAUGCACAUGCCAUACUGUAUGCCCGCACAUUUGGCCCGGAUUUGUCGCGUGCGCAAGCCGCAUUCUCGCGCCGACUCAAGUGGCUGAGACGCCCUGCAUGGUGCUCCCAAGCCCGCCUUCAUCUGGUGACGUCUUCUGAACCAUUUGACUUGAACUUGUUCUGGGCAUCUUAUGCUCGCUGGCAUUCCGAUACGCUUUCAGAAAGCCAAUGGAUCGAGCCACUACUUGAGCUCCUAGAGACGUCCUCGCACCAUGCAAAACAGACGUUAGAGCUCCGAGCGUCAGAUCCAUCGGCACUUCUAUGCCGCCGUGAAAGACGCACGCUAGAUCAACACGUGCUGGACACAAGUACAGCCCUAGAGACUUGGGUACGUACACAUCGAUGUGCGCCGACGCCCGACACCUGGAUACCAUCAAUGCAUCCUUGGUAUGCGACGCUACGGUCCCUAUCGCAGCAGAACGAGCCGCUGAGUCGUGGACCCAUGUAG